UGGUAUAAGACCACCGCUCCUCGUGUCGUUGAAUCUAGCGUCCUUUUCUCGCGACGUCAGUUCGAGAAACAUUGUUGAUCACACAUAACAUGAAGUUAACCAAUCUCUUGAACAUCCUCACUCUCGGGGCGAUGUCAACAGCGGCCGCCGCAGACAGGAACCCGCUCUCCUACGCGCCUAAACCAGCAGGCACCUACGUAACCCCAAAGACCUCCAACACGACAACCCUCCUAGACUUUAUCAACUCCAGGAGCGACCUGACGGCGCUCGCCAAGAUCCUCAACGGGUCCGCCGGCUUCACGGAGGCGUUCGAUACCACCCCUACCUGGGACUUCACCUUCUUCGCGCCCUCGAACGCCGCGUUUGAGAAACACACGGGACAGUACUUCAACACCUUUACGCCGACGCCAAAGGGCAAGUGGUGGCUCGGCAACCUGGUACAGCACCACUACGUGCCCAAUUCGCAGCUGCUCACGAGUGUCUUCAACGAGACUGCGACCAGGCUCCAGACGGGGUCGUACUUGUACGUUGGCACGCGGGUCAAGGAUGAACAGGUGUGGUUGAAUGAUGUUGCGGCGGUGACGGAGGGAGAUUUGAAGGUUUCCAAGGGCAUCGUUCACAUCAUCGAUCAUAUCCUUGAUCCAUCGGCGCAGCUCUUUGAAGCAGAUAUGCCCAAGGCGGGCCAGAAGUUCAUUGCUGGGAGCUGCUCUGACACGUCUCUGCCAUACUGCUAGACUCGAUUAGAGACUGUAUUUGACAGUAUCUGAAGGCCGGCGGGUGUCAAUAAGAGAUGUGUAUAUUGGCCAAGUAAAUCGACAUAUCAGAGUCUCAGAGGAAUGAGUCUUCGUAAAACAGUCAUGCUCAAGUCUGCCUAGUAUAAUCAAAUACACUCGCCGCUUAGGGUUGCCUUGCUCGUCGUGCAGUAUACAGGGGAUGUGCUAA